CUUUGAAAUAUUCCUUCCUCAUAUGAUCAAACCCAGUUGUUGUAAGUUGUUGUACUUCAGGUUGUACUCAUCUGUGUUUGCUCUGAGCCUCACAGUCUGGACUCAGGAUCUGGCGUCCAGCGUGGAGUUCUCCGGCUUGUUUUGGGGUCAGAAUUAUUGCGCUGUGGCCAACUUCUCCUUCCCGACCUUCUCCAUGGCGGCUUCACCCAAAUCUGCUCCACGCUGCGUUAAAGCCAUCUCUAAAGCAGGGAUGCUCCUGCCCGUGUUGUCUCUCGGGAUCUGUUUGAUUUCUCUCUUCCUUUUUCUACUUCUCACUGUGUUCCUGCAAAAGCGGAGACGCUCGACGCCAGAGCAAGAAAGUCAACCUAAGAAUCAAGCGUCUUCUCAUGACCUGCUCUCUUUGGGCUUAGCUCCCACCGAUCCUCAGGACAUCCACUUGGAAUUUGAUCAAAGCUCCAUCAGCUCUCCAUCCAGUCUGCAUUCAGGUCAGAACCUGAGUUUGACGGUAGAGGACAUGAGCGUCAAGGAUCCUGUCCAUGGUGACCCAGGUACAGAUGCAGCGGACUGGGACGGUGGAGGACGGGAAUCGGUCCUCACCAUCCCACCUGCAUCCCACCCUUCUGAAGGAACAUGGGACCAAUGAAAAGUUGGGAAAUUGUGCCUGAUGAGGGGAGUAACAGAACUUGAAUUUCAUCUACUGCAUAAGGAAGUUUGUUUGACCCAGUUGCCAUAUCCUGAAGCAGAAUCAAGGAUUCCCAUCAGCUUUCCCAGGAAGCAUCAGCGUCUUGAUCUUAAGGCGUCUUGGUUAAAACUUGAUUCGUUCCUUAAGAGGAGGUUUAGGUCGGCAACCUGAGACUCUUUGACCCCUCCACAAUAUUUUUAAUACUCCAAUGAGACAAACUUUAUUUAACUCACUCACAAACAGUUGAAGCACACAGCAGUCUGUAUCACUCUUCUAGGUUUCUGACUACAAUACCCAUAAUGCACCAACAAUUCAUCAAAAGGCUUCAUAGUUUACCAAAGUCAUACCAAAACAUUCUGACAAUGCAGAACUAUGAAAUGAAACAACUCAGUAGGGGUGGGAUUAUAUAAGUUCACCUCUUCCCACUCUUUUAAACAAAUAAAUCAAUCUUUACUUGACUUUAGUUAAUGAACAUUAUAUUAAAUGAAUCGAAUGUGACUUAAGAGCGUCUUUGUUUGCUUUUUAAUCAAAUUGCAUUGUCUCUGUAAUGAGUUUGAUACAUCUGUGGGAUUUUUGUUGAAAUAAACUCAAUCAAUAAAUUAAUCUUGGAGUGCCAAAAUAAA